AGGAAUUAUCCAAACACAGGGUUAGUCCAGCUGUGUAGCACGUUUUGGGAUGAUACUGCUUUUCUAAAAGAUCAUAAACUUAGCAGAAAAGGAAAAGUAAGAAACCACGAGUUACGCUUUCACGCAGUGAAGGAGGCGGGUGGAUUUCUUGAAUUGAAAAACACCUGUUGGGGUUGUGUUGGUGGUUUUUUAAGGAGGUGUAAUAGAAGGGAUUGGGAAAGUAGUGAGGGCGAUAUUGAAUUGGAGAAUGAGAUUUUGGAGUUCAUGAAGAAUUCAAAAAAUCCAGAGAUGUUUCCAAGCAAGAAACAGUUGAUUGAUGCAGGAAGAGUGGAUCUUGUUGAGGCUAUCUCGAAGGAAGGAGGGUGGCUUGCGUUGGGCUGGGAUUUAGAUGAUAAUGCUUAUGACGUAGAUGUAGAUGUAGAUUUAGUAGAUUGGUAUUCUUCUUUGACGGCUUCUAAAGAAUGCAGUGCCGCCGGAAUUCAAGAUAAUGCUAUAGAGCGUAAUGAAGAACAAAGCUCUCAGGUUCCUUGCUCGUCCUCUGGUAGAUCACUAGAAAGAGUGACUGAGGAUGAUGCUGGGAUUGGGGGUAUACUGUAUCGAUUAGAGAAAGAAAGGAAUAUGAAUUUGGGUUUUGCUUUAAAAGAGCUUGAAAGCACUACUCAUGUCCAAAGUAGUGAAAUUAACCAUGAUUGGCUCGCUAAAACCACAAAGAAUGGGACAGUUGCUGGCCCCAAUGCUAACAAUAUACCUGGAUUAUUAAACCCCAAGAGUAGUGUAAGUAAUGAUUUGGGAGACAGCCUUGAUCACAGCAGAUCUCUUUCAAAUACUGAUGGUUCUGGAAAUUCGCUAAAUCCAGAUAUGUGGAGAACUUGGAGCAUUAAGAGGGCAGGGUUUUCAGACAUGCAAUUUGAAGCUGAAGAACUUAGCUCUAAUAGAACUCGUUCAGGAGGUGAGAAGAAUGUUUUAGGAGAAGAAAUACUUGAAACAAGGGAAGGUGCUAGUGAAACUGUCAACAGAAGGAAAGAAAACUGCUCUGAUGGAGGGAUUAAUCAGAUUCAAGUACGAAGUCGCCUAUGGGACCUGGAGUUAGAGCUUUCUUCUGUGCUGCAAUUGUUGAAGUCAAACACUGGUGAAAGUGUAUCACAGAAAGUGGAUAAUGGAAGCUCCUCUGAUGAUCUGCUGAAGCUUUCUGAUGCUUGGGAGUUCCAGGAAAAUGAGAUCAUGAAUGCCCAGGGUAAAUUACGGUCAACAAGGGCAAAAUUAGCAGUGUUGGAAGGCAAAAUGGCACUUGCAAUAAUCGAUGCACAAAAGUUAAUGGAAGAGAAACAGAAAAGGAUCGAUGAUGCUUCUAGAGCUUUGAAACUUCUUCGUACUGCUUGUAUAGUAUGGCCUAGUUCUGCCUCAGAGAUCAAAUUCAUUGUUGAUGGUGAGUGGAGGAUUGAUCCCCUACGCCCUAUUGUACACAACAACGGACACGAGAAUAAUCUACUCAUUAUCACUUAA